AUGCCUUUGCCAUUCAUCGCCGAGUUCUUUUGGGUUGGUAUACCCGGCCUUCCAUCUGCCUGGACGACUCUCAAAGGCCUCGUGGCAAUCGCCAUAAUCUCAGCGGUGAAAUGGCUUUGUAUCGGCGCUACAAACACCUCGGAGAGGAAGCUCCACAGCAAAGUCGUUAUGAUAACAGGAGGCACAUCUGGAAUAGGAGCAGCAAUAGCCCUCGACCUGGCGAAGAGGGGCGCGCAACUAGUCCUCCUCGUCCGCCAGUCCCCUAAGGAUCUCUUUCUCAUCGACUACAUCGAGGAUUUACGAGAACGAUCGGGAAACGAAUUAAUCUAUGCUGAGCAAGUCGACUUGUCCUCCCUGCAUAGUAUCCGCCUGUUUGCGACGAAAUGGAUUGACAAUGCGCCGCCACGCCGCCUAGAUAUGAUAAUACUGUGUGGUUCGACUCUUACACCACCUGGCAAGCCCCGAGUCCUCACUGAAGAGGGCUUGGAAAAAUCGUGGAUGGUCAAUUAUCUUGCCAACUUCCAUCUUCUUAGCAUACUAAGUCCGGCAAUCCGAGCACAGCCCCCGGAUCGCGAUGUACGUAUCAUAUUUGCAACCUGCUCCUCAUAUAUCACGUCCCCUGCGAUCGGAGAUGGGAGCGAUGCUCUGACGACGAAAGAUUGGACACCGGCGAAAGCAUAUGCUCGAAGCAAACUGGCACUGUUGAUAUUUGGGCAGGCUUUUCAGAAACAUUUAGACGCGUACAAGCGGCCGGAUGGGAUUCCUAUGACUGCACGGGUCAUAUUCGUGGAUCCAGGAUACUGCAGAACGCCAGGUAUGCGACGGUGGCUCACAAGGGGAUCACUUUGGGGGUUGGCAGUAUAUUUAGUAUUCUGGCAGAAUAUUUGGCUGCUGUUGAAGAGCCCUGAAGGUGGAGCUCAGAGCUUCCUUUAUGCUACCAUGGAAGCUACUCUCGGGCGUGGAUCUGGUGGGAAAUUAAUCAAGGAAUGUCGAGAAUUGGAAUUCGCCCGGAAUGUCAAAGAUGAAGAUGCUGCAAAGAAGUUGUGGCAGGGCAGCGAGAAGCUUAUUGAGGAAGUUGAAAAGCGAGAGGCCGUGAAAAGAGCGCUACGGAAAAAGGAGAAGGAAUCAGAGAAGGCACAGCAGCCAGCGGAGGUCCCAAGCAAAUCGGGUACAGCCACUAGCGACACCAAGAAGAAUGCAUCAAAGUCUCGGAAGCAGAGGAAAACUAAAUAA